AUGGCCACCAACGCACAACUUGAAGACGAAGCUACUGGUAGCGGUUCGCAACCCCAGAGCUACACGCAUGACUACCGUAUUAAUAUGCAACUACUUCCUGAUCCCGAAACCCCGGGCGCACCGAGGGACUGGCAAGUCACCUGCGGUUUCCAAUGCCACGACCUGUUGCGGGUGAUGCGUCAAGGGCUGUUUUGGACGACAUCUAAUAUCGUACCUGAAGGCUGUUUCUACACUACGACAGGGGAUGAAAUCCGCAAGCCUUAUACUAUGAAACGUAUAUGGGAGCUCCGUGAGCUGCCAGACAAGCCCAAAUACCAGUCCCGCUGGGUGGGAACCUUCAACCUAUACGUCACCAAAAGCGAGCAGCUACGGACUAUCCGGCUAGAUAUGUUAAGUCGAGAAAACGUCUUCCGUUGUUUCGCAAAGGGGAAAGAUGGGCUUCACGUGUUCAACUACUCGCCAUCGCCCAGCCUGGCCAACGUCAACUGUUGGCUGGACAACCUACAUCCUCUAGACGGUUCAUGGUGGUUUUGGCCGAUGGAUUCACCUGCGGGGGGCCAACACGAGGAGUCAACCGGCGGUGGAGGCUAUGCAGAGAAGCUCGAAUCAACGGAGUAUGGUUUGAAGUGA